ACUGAAUCAGCUUGGAAUUAUUUCACGCAACGCAGUUCUCUUUGGAGUAAAGUUGGAGUGGUUUUGACAAAAAGGCGCUUCUCUGCUUCGUGUGAAAGAGUAGAGGGCAUCUGUCUUUGCCCCAUUGACGGUUCUCCUCACUUCAUACCUCUGACUGAGGAGUACUUUCCAGGUAGCGGGAAUGAGGAGGAGGAGGCUAUUUGUCCAUCAUCAACCCCUUCACAGUCAAUAGCCCUCGACGAACGUGUCUCCUGUGUCUGUUCCAUUCUGCAGUCGUGUGAGCUGCCUCUUGGUCUUCACUUCGUUAUGAAUCCACGGAUCUCAUCAGCAGUUCAGGCAUACUUAGUGUCAAGGCUAGUUGGUAUUCUCACUCCAAUCGUCAUCAAUUGCUCAACUAAAGAAAGUCUUCAGCUUGAGAUGCAAUCCCUUCAGGCGGUUAACAGUAUGUGCUUGGGAGGUUUCUGCUUUGAUCGUGUCCUUUGUUCAUCGUUGCUCAAACGGUUGAAGGACAAUAUAGAGAAAUUGGAAAGCGAGUGUUUUAGACUUGUUGGACAGCAGUUCAACCUUGACAGCUCAAAGCAAGUGUCCGAGGUGCUCUUUUCUCGCCUCAAACUCAAUUGUCCCGGCGGUUCAUCAACAAAACGACAUCUUUCCACCAACAAAGCGAUUCUGGAGCAGAUGAAAACACAACAUCCAGUGGUAGCGAACAUUCUGCUGUAUCGUCGCUUCAAGCAUGCUCUUACGCAAUGUCUUGCUCCACUGCAACAUUUCGUUGACGAUGAUGGGAUGGUAAGGAGCCACUGCGACAUGAACACCUCAACGGGACGCAUUCUUUGCUUGGAACCGAACGUGCAGACAGUACCGAAAGAAGAAGUGGUUGAUGGAAUCAGGUGUGUGUUGGUCAGCGCCGAUUACAGCCAGCUGGAGCUUCGUGUACUAGCACAUCUUAGUGGAGAUGCCGCUCUUGUAGAUAUCCUGAAUCAAGGACAAGAUGUGUUUACCGAUAUGUCGUCAAAGUUAAGCAUUUCACGUGAUAUAGCAAAACAGCUGUGCUAUGGUGUUAUCUACGGGAUGGGAGCGAAAACGCUUGCUGAGACUGUGAAGAAAUCUGUAGAAGAAAGCCGACGAAAUCAU